CCGCUCGUGUUACACUCCUCAUCCACCAAUCCUUCCCCCACUACCCGCCCUAUUGCUCGCCACCAACUUUCUCCAAGUCCUCGAUCCUCCGUAGCUCCGCAUAGCAGCAGGCGCCUCUCGAAAGCGACAGUCGAAGUGGGCGUAGCCUGUGAGACGCGUUUAGCUAGCUUGUCCGACUCGACGAUGGCAACCAUGGACCUUACAAUACUCUACCUUCGCGAUCCGAACGACGACGCCCGGCUCUCGCUUCUUUCCGCCGCCGAACAGCAAGCCAUCAGAACCUCCAGAUCUGGCGACCUCGCAGCCGUCGAUCCGUACGACUACACGUGCGACCACGUUCUCCGCGUCUUCGAGGGCGUCCUCGACUCUAAGGAUUUGCAAUGCAUCCGCCAUCAUGAGAUCACCGGCGCUACCCUUCUCAGACACGCCUCCUUCGCACAGUUGAAGGAAGACUACGGAAUCUUUCGUAUGGGAUCGAGAACCAAGAUCCUGUUGGUUUCCGAGCAGCUUCGGCGCGACAGCAAGCACUGUUGGGAGCUCAGCUAUGCAAGAGGCGGUAUUCAAGAGGAGGAAUACUCACCCACCACCACUCCACAAACUACGUUCCCACGGGCGGCCACUCCGCCGGCAUAUCGAGCGACAGCUACACCUGAAACAGCGGCUGCGUGCCCACGGGCCAAGGCCUCGACCCCUGUUCGUCGCUUCUCGCCGUUUCCGCCCCUCAGGCUGUGGGCGCGGGACUACCCGCUAGUAAUCACCAACCCGAUCCGGCGCGACGACGGCCGCCCCUUUUGGGCUGACAGUACCGGGACGAUAUUCGAGCCGGAAGUGUGGAAAUGCGACGACGGAAUUGCACGGAGAGGCUCAGUCGAGAUCUCUGAAGACGAAGCGGUCGGCCUGGCCACAGUCGCAUCCCAGACUCCUCCGUCCGAGUCCACUACUGUCAUCAGCGAUCGCGAGAUGACCGCAGCAGCAGAGCGUCAGCAACAUCGCACACCGACCGCUACAUAUCGAUUCUGUACUCUCUCGCCUCCGCCGUCGCCAGAUGGUCUUUCGCACGAUCUGGUUGAUGGGGACGACGGCGACUGGAGUCCAAGCACCCUAGACCACGAGCCGUCGCCCGAAAUCCAUCUAGGAGAUAGUAUUGACGCAACCGACGGCGAAUGGAGUCCUCGCAUCUUUUCCGAACCGAGGAGCCCGCGCACCGCUUCCGAAGCGCCUACGACUCCGUUCAGUGGCUGCAAGGAAGUGGACACUGAGUCAUUCACGCUAUGGGCCAAACGAUUCGCGCCGGGAUCCCAGGAUACAGACUACCAGGACUAAUCAUCCUGGUCGAAAUGAAAGACGGCGAUCUCGCAAAGGCGCCGAUGUCACGCACCAACCCUUUUAUCCAUAACUCUACGAGAUUCAAAUCGCACCCACUAGACAGCAGUUUCACGAUAUUCUUACCUUAACCUAUAUUUUGAAGAUACGAACUACCCCCAGAGUGGGGUCACAUGUUGUCCGUUGACACGCUCCCGCGGCGAGUGCAUCAUCCCCUUCGAUAAAGCGCGAUAUCAAUGCGAGCGGUGUAAAAGAGCCUACUCUACACGGACUACCGCUGCGUGUGAAGUACUGGUACAUAGAAAUACAUUUUGAAAGCUACAACGCA